AUGCCGGCAUCUCUUCCACAAUUACUUUGUCGAAAUGUCGGCAAAAUUGCGAGAUGCCCAGUCCCAAAGUUCCCUCUGUUCGAAAGCGUAGACCAUCGACCCCCAAGUUGCUUCGUAACCCGAGCCUUCUCCUUUCGGACUCCAACUAGAGCACCUCUGCCAAAGUCUACGAAGAUCCCGCCCAAGCCACGAGCUUAUCGACCCUUUCCUAUACUUGCGGCUGGAGGUGGCGUGGUUUCGAUCCUGUUGGCUUUCGCGCAGCCUACAGGACAGAGACCAACUGAUGCCGCCGUGGCAAGAAACCCUAAGAGCUUGGAACCACAGACACGUGGCCCUGAUAUUGGGCUGCCUACUUACCGCCUUGACGAGGUGAAGGAACAUGGUCCCAAAUCAGCCAGGCCGUGGGUGGUCUAUGAGGACAAGGUGUACGAUAUCACGGACUGGAUCCCGGCGCAUCCAGGAGGAGAGGUGAUUCUCCGCGCUGCUGGUGGCAGCAUCGAGCCGUAUUGGGACAUCUUCGCUAUACACAAGUCACCAUACGUUCGCGAGAUCUUGCAGCAGUACGUCGUGGGCAAGGUGCACCCGGACGAUCUUGAAGAUGGACGGCCACGUAUGGAUACCAUCGAAGACCCAUUCGUGGCAGACCCCACACGCGACUCGAGGUUGCUACAGUUGACUUCGAAGCCAUGCAAUGCAGAGACAGCAGGGGAGGAUCUCACUGGGGAGUUCUUGACCCCAAACGAAGUCUUCUAUGUUCGCAACCACAUGUGGGUUCCUGUGGUCGAAGAUCGCACUGGCGACUCGCAUGGUAUCACAAUCGAGCUCCCAGACGGCCAGGAAAAGAAGUACACGGUUGGUGACCUCAAGGCCAGGUUCAAGCAGUACAGCGUCACGGCGGUGCUGCAGUGCUCUGGCAACAGGCGGAAGAACAUGACGGACUACGCGCGAAAGACGAACGGCCUUCAAUGGGGCGUUGGUGCAAUCAGCUGUGCAAAGUGGGAAGGCGUGCGGCUGCGCGACGUCCUAGUCGAUGCUGGUCUGACCGUGGACGAACCAUCCGAGGACGCACAGCACGUGCAGUUCUCCGGGCUGGAGGCAUAUGGCGCGAGCAUCCCCAUACAUGCCGCGCUGGACCCGCGUGGCGAUGUCUUGCUCGCUUUCAAGAUGAACGACCUGCCCUUGCCCAGAGAUCACGGAUUUCCCGUCCGCGUAAUUGUCCCAGGUACGGUCGCCGCUCGCUGUGUCAAGUGGGUCAAUAAGAUCGUCAUCUCAGACGAGGAAAGCAACACAAGCUGGCAACGCCGAGACUACAAGUGCUUCGGGCCUAACGAGACACAGAAUCUGGACUGGGACAAAUACAAGUCGAUUCAAGAGAUGCCAGUCACAAGUGCGAUCACUAGAGCGAGAACAAAGUCGGGCCUGUCCACACAAACUACUGCUCCUGCUACCGAGGUUGGUGGCCGGGCAACGGGCAAAGUUGUCGAACUCGAAGGCUACGCAUACUCGGGAGGAGGACGAGAUAUCCAACGCGUUGAUGUCAGUUUAGAUGGCGGCCUCACGUGGGACCAGGCCAAGCUCCUGGAUGAUACACACGAAGAAAGAGGAAGCAAGAAAUGGUGCUGGAAGAGAUGGACAUACGAGGGGAUCCUCCCUUCCGUUGAAGGCCAAGAUGGACACAGCACAGCUACCACCUUUGUCGUCAAAGCAACCGAUGAGGCAUACAAUACUCAGCCUCAAUGUUACAAGACUAUCUACAACCUCAGGGGGAACCUGGCCACAGCCUGGCAUCGACUCGAAUUUGAUGUAGCAGCUGGUCGCGAUGGGCAGCAAGACAACGUCAAGGCCACUGGCGCGGUCUAG